GUCAUCAUCUCCCCAUACACAAAUGACCGCAAAAUCUUACAAACUGAUAGAGCAAUGGGGCAGUCACCGCCAUUCUGUAACAUGAUAUUCUUGAGCAUUCUUGUUACUAUUUUGGUUUUGAUGACCCAAUACUCACAUGCAGAGGUUUUAUCCACUAAUUCUAGGUGGAUAGUGAAUGGAGGAGGGAAGAGGGUAAAGUUGUCGUGUGUGAACUGGGUGAGUCAUUUGGAGGUCAUGUUGGCAGAAGGACUAAGCAAGCAGCCAGUAGACACUAUUUCAAAAUCUAUUACCGACAUGGGUUUUAAUUGUGUUAGGCUAACUUGGCCUCUAUUCUUGUUUACUAAUGAUUCUUUGGCUUCCUUAACUGUACGCCAGAACUUCAAUAACCUUGGCCUCGUUGAGUCCGUUGCUGGACUUCAAGCUAACAAUCCCAACAUUCUUGAUCUAUCCCUUCUCAAUGCUUACCAGGUAGUGGUGGCUAGCCUGGGAAAUAAAAAUGUGAUGGUCAUACUAGACAAUCAUAUAAGCAAGCCCGGCUGGUGCUGCAGCAACUUCGACGGAAAUGGCUUCUUCGGCGAUCAAUACUUUAACCCUGAUCUUUGGGUCCAGGGCCUUACCAAGGUUGCCACCACCUUCAAGAACGUUACCAAUGUCGUUGGUAUGAGCUUAAGAAAUGAACUCCGAGGACCUAGACAAAAUGUUAACGACUGGUACAGGUACAUGCAGAAAGGAGCUGAAGCGGUGCAUGCAGCUAACCCUGAUGUUCUAGUCAUUAUCUCUGGCCUAUAUUACGACAAGGAUCUUUCUUUCCUGCGCCAGAGACGAAUUAACUUGACUUUCUCUGGAAAGCUAGUCUUCGAAAUUCAUCGAUACAGUUUCACGGACUCAAAAGCAUGGGAAACAGGAAACCCGAAUCAAGUUUGCGGACAGAUAUUGAAUGACAUAAUGAAUAGAGGUGGUUUUCUGCUAGGCCAAGGGUAUCCGUUGUUUGUGAGUGAGUUUGGGGUGGACCAAAGAGGGACCAAUGUAAAUGACAAUAGGUAUUUCAAUUGUUUCAUGGGACUAGCAGCUGAACUUGACUUUGAUUGGGCAUUGUGGACACUUGUUGGAAGCUAUUAUUUGAGAGAAGGUGUUGUUGGACUCAAUGAGUAUUAUGGGAUUUUGGACUAUAAUUGGUGUGAAACCAGAAACUCAAGCUUCCUUCAAAGGAUCUCCUCCGUUCAAUCUCCUUUCCAAGGACCAGGAUAUAACGAGACUCGCUCCCACAAAGUAAUCUUCCAUCCAAUGACCGGGCUUUGUGUUCGACGAAUUUCAUUGCUGCAGCCAUUGGAGCUCGGUCCGUGCUCUGAGGCCGAAGCGUGGGACUAUGCACCAACAAAAACAAUGACAUUAACAGGAACUUACUUUUGCCUUCAAGCAGAUAAGUCUGGGCAACCAGCAAAACUUGGCAUAAUAUGCACUAGUUCCAACUCCAAAUGGCAAGCUAUCUCAGACUCCAAGAUGCACUUGUCUUCUAAGCUACAAGAUGGCACUAAUCUUUGCUUGGAUGUUGAUUCCAAAAAUGUUAUUUACACAAACACUUGCAAAUGCCUGAGCAGAGAUAAAUCAUGUGACCCUGCAAGCCAGUGGUUCAAAAUCAUUGACAGCACCAGGCAACAAAAAACUACUACAAAAUCCUUUCUCCAGAGCAAGCAAAUCGUUCAAUUUCUAGAAAAUACAUUUUUAUAGAAGCCACAUCUUCUAAGUCAUAUUGUAGAUGGAUAGUUCAUAUAGACACAAAAAUAAAAAGUUUCACAAACUUCAUAUU